GAACGCGAACGCUCAAAGACAGACAGCCGUGAGGUUAUGUUUACUGCAUAAUUUUGUCGAGUCAGAAUUCAGUCGGUUCGGUAUCUAAUUUAGGACAAAACUUGCUCAAUCAUUUAAAAGUUCUAUAGAAAGUUACCAAAAUGUUGGUGACAUUGAAAACAUUACAACAGCAAACUUUUCAAAUAGAAAUCGAUCCAGAAGAAACUGUUAAAGCGCUCAAGCUGAAAAUUGAAGUUGAGAAAGGUAAAGAUUAUGUUGCUGAUCAUCAACGGCUUAUUUACGCAGGAAAGAUCUUGCUCGAUGAUGAUAAAUUAAGUACCUAUAACAUAGAUGAAAAAAAAUUCAUUGUUAUCAUGGUAACCAAACCGAAAUCUUCGGAUGUUCCGGCAUCAACUACGUCUGCUCCCGAAGCUGGUGAAAGUGCUUCAACUGAAAGUGGUGAUGGAAAACCAAAGUCCACUACCGAAGAAGCUCCUAAACCUACUCCAGCCGCAGAACCUGAGCCAGUCGCUGCAUCUAAUGAACUUGAUUUUGAAGCUACAGUGCAAAGUAUUAUGGACAUGGGAUACAACAGACAGCAAGUUGAACAAGCGCUACGUGCUUCCUUUAAUAACCGCGAAAGAGCAGUGGAGUACUUAAUAACAGGUAUUCCUGAAGAGUUACUUCAAGAACAGGAUGCUGAAGAAGGCACUGAUGAAGACCCAUUGGCUUUUCUCCGUGAUCAGCCUCAAUUUCAACAAAUGCGUGCUGUCAUCCAACAGAACCCAAAUUUGCUGAAUGCAGUACUACAGCAGAUAGGCCAAACUAAUCCGGCAUUACUGCAAGCAAUCAGUCAACAUCAGUCAGCUUUUGUUAGAAUGCUUAAUGAACCUGUGAACCCGUCAGCUGCUGGUGCAGUUGCCGAAGAGAAUCCUAUAGAUGUGCCGCAAGUACAACACCCUCAAGUCUCACCCCAAGAUAAAGAAGCCAUUGAAAGAUUAAAAGCGUUGGGCUUUCCAGAACAUAUGGUUAUCCAAGCUUAUUUUGCUUGUGAAAAAAAUGAAAACCUUGCUGCAAACUUUUUGCUGUCACAGAAUUUUGAUGAUUAGAUUUAAUAUUUCAUUGAUAUUUAAAGUGAAGAGACAAAAUUAAAAUGAUAACACUAAAGUGUAUUUAAUAUGUUGUCUACUACAUCAAUAGCCUAAUAAUACUUAAUAGUGUUUACUGCUUGUUUUUCAUGUGUAAUUUUACACUGAAUUUCAAAGAUUUUGUCAUAAUUCAAUGUCUAAUAAAUUUCUUAUGGUUCAAA